AAUAACAUUUGGACAGCUUCACAGAGUUGUGAAAACGGAGUCUACUUGCGGCUUUCAGGACAGAAAGAAGCUGUCCAUCACAGAAAUGAACUUUCUGCAGACAUUUACACCAGCUGGUGAGACUUUAUGGAGACCAUGCAGAAGUGUUUCCUGUUUACUGGGGCUGCUCACCUAUCUGGACUGUGUGACUCCCUUAAACAUUACUCCAAUGACAUCAGGCCUGCGCUCGGCCUUCUCUGCCACACGUAGUACCAGUGUCUUGGGUGGCUCUCACCGAGCUGUUACCUUUGACCAUCUCCUAGUCAACGUUGGUGAUGACUUCAACCCAGAUACAGGCCAUUUUCGAUGCCGCUUGCCUGGCACAUACUACUUCUCAUUUACAGUGGGAAAGUUCCCAAAGAAGAUGCUGUCGGUAAUGUUGGUGAAAAAUAGGAUGGAGGUUCAGGCCAUCGCACAUGACGGAUCCAGGAACCAAGGCCGCAAGGUGGAGAGUCAGAGUGUGAUGAUCAGUCUGAAGCCCUUUGAUACAGUCUACCUGCUGCUUCAGGAGAGCCCAGACUAUGUCAUCUACAGCAACAUCGGACCACACAUCACAUUUAGUGGUUAUCUCGUCUACCAAGAUUCCACUUCCUCAAUUGGGUAUCUCAAUAAUCACUUGUCUCCUCCUGGGCUCCAUCUCCCAGUUUGUCCUCCCCCUGUGGACCCUCACUAUGAUUGGAAUAGAAGAGCAGCCAAUGAGGAACCAAGGUCUGCUUUUUCAGUGGCAAGGACAUCAUCGGAACUGGGAGAACACAGAGGAUAUCAUGAGAGAGUAGCUCUCACAUUUGACGUGGAGUACGUCAACAUAGGUGGCCAUUUCAACAAAACAUCCGGACGUUUCACCUGCCACUUUCCUGGUGCAUACUAUUUCGCAUUUACUGUGGGUAAGCACCCCCGCCGGGCGGUCUCAGUGAAACUGAUGAGGGGCAGAGCGGAGGUUCAAGCCAUGGUGUUCAAUGAGGAUAUGUCUCGGAGGAGAGAGAUGCAGAGUCAGAGUCUACUGUUGUCACUGAAGAGAGGAGACAGCAUUUGGCUGUACAGUCAACAGGAUGAGGGCUAUGCUGUUUACAGCAACCAGGGACGCUACACAACCUUCUCUGGUUUCCUUGUCUACCCUGAUGGUGAAUCCAUGAACACAGACAGAACUUUCCCCUGAGACCUGAAGCCAGCUUAAGAGCAUUUUUCUUAACAUAGUGUUGAUGCCAAGUGCAGUACCUUUAUAUACUGUUCCAGCUAAGAUAUAUCACUGUUGAAUAUUUAUCAUCUUAUUCAUCUUAUACUCAAAUCAUAAUGUAAAUAUUGUACACUUUUGUGGGUUAAACUUAAUAAUAAUGGUAAUAACCUUCAUUUAUAGCUUUAUCUUAUUAUAUUAUAUAAUGGAUUGCAGGUGAU